AUGGAUGGACUAUGGAAGCGCUAUACAGAAAUUCGGUACUUCUGCUUUCUGUGUAAAGUGUUCGGUACAUGUCCAAUUUCGUUCGAGAAGAAGGAAGAAAAAAUAACGGUGACAUUCAAGGCGCGACUCUAUUGUAUACUGCUCGGUCUACUGACCCUUUUCUCUGCCCUUUAUACUUUUCUGGUGCGCUUACCAGAGAGUUAUAAAACUGUCGAGAAUCUCGCGAAGUACUCGGACGCGUGUAAUAUUUUCUUCGCUGCGGCUGCAGCUUUAACGUGUAUUCUUCGCAGCUCCACUUUAAAACAAAGACACAUCGAAAGUUUCUGCAUAAAAAUUAUUUCAGUUGACGGAUUUUUGUAUGAAGACGAUGGAUCAGAAUAUUUAGGUCUCGCAACUCGUUUGGUAUUGUGUGUUGUAGCAGUCACCAUUUAUUCAGUGGUUUUAUUUGGUCACCUCACCUGGCUUAUGUUACCUACUAUGAAAUUUUCUUUUCUGUUACCUAUUUGUGUCAUGCAGUUCAUGAGUAACGUCACUAUUUUACAAUAUCUUUUUCUCAAUAUGGCGUUAAAAAUGAGGUUUUCAAGAGUGAACAGGUAUAUUCUGCAAUUAUUCUUCCUGUCUACCAGAGAUGCAGAAGGAGAGCUUGACAUCAAGAUUUCGAAACUCGUAAAUGAAACCCCGGAAAAGAAAGAUCUACAGUGUGACGAUCAAUUAUUUCUCAGGAAAACUUUCUCUUCACUGCACUCUGAAGCUCAAAUAAUUGUCAACGGAUCCAGAGACGUUAUACACUGCUGCAAUCAGGUAAUGGUAACGGAGGAAGACGCGAAGAAGCUUAAAAAUUUGCGGAAAAUAUAUUGCCUUCUUGUCGAAAUCGGUAAAGCCGUCAAUGCAGCUUACGGAGUACAAAAUCUCGUAGAAGUGGUCAGCUGUUUCGUGAGCACAGUGACGUACAUUUAUAUCAGUGUUGUCGUCUACUUAGAUCUGAAGCCCGUUUGGCCUGGAAUACCGAGGAGUCAAGUCAUCACCAUGUUCUCUCUCUGGACUGGGCUCAUGGCCGGGCGUCUGCUGGCCACAGCCUAUAGCAGCGACAUGGUCGUGCAAGAGACCGCCCGCACACAGCGGCUGGUCCAGAAACUUAUGCUCCUACCGAUGCCUGCUAGGAGCGGGUGUCCAGACGAGCUGCAGCUAUUCGGAGAGCAGAUGGCGCGCAGUCAACUGCGCUACAGCGCAGCGGGGUUGUUCACGCUCGACCUGUCUCUGCUGAGGAGCUUCACAGCCACCGUCACCACCUACGUAGUCAUCCUCGUGCAGUUCGGACUGUCUGGCGCGAGCAAGCAGCAGAACAGCAGCGCCGUUGCUUGCAGAUGUUAA